AUGAUAUUAACACCCUCAAUGUCUGAAAGAUUAGAUGAGAAUUUCAUUAGCGACAAUGAGGAGGUUGAUCAAUUCAGUAUACUACUUUAUGAGUAUCUAGAUAAGUAUCAAUAUGAUUCUACCAAGGUUUUAUUUGAAAAAGCUCUUAAUGUAGACUUUGAUAAACACAAACCAAAAUAUAACCAAGAAUGCAAAUAUUCGAGGCUAGCUGCAUGGUAUUCUAACUUUGUAGAAACAGCUACGGUGAGAAAUGGAAGUCCUUUUUAUAGAUUUGUAAGUAAUAGAUUUGAGUUUGUUCAAUUGUAUUUGGAAAAAAAGAAAAAGAAGUUAAACGAAAAAGCAAUUAAGUUUUUUAACCAGCACACAGAUGAGAAUGAUAAAAUUAUACAGUUAGACAUUCCUUUCUUGACUGAGUACUUUACUGUUAAUUUGGAAUUACAUUUUGUAGAUGAAAUUACAAUAGAUACAAGAUAUAUUAUAGCCAUAGAAGAUAGAUUUCUUAGAGUGUUAGAAUAUCCAUCUGGUAAGCAUAUUUUUAAUGAUUAUUUUGAUCAAAAACUUACUAAUUUGGUAACUGUUGUUUUUAAUGAUACUAUUUUUAUUGGAGUGUGUACUGAUAAGUAUACUUUUAAAGUGUUUGGUUUAAAUGUUAAUAAAGGCUUUGGAAUUGUUGGUCAGAUGAGAUUUGAUGAAGAAAUUGAAAAGGUUGUUUUAAUUGGAACUUCUUUAUUUGUUAAAAGACAAAAUAGAAUUGAUCAUUAUAAUUUAGAUUGUAAAGUAUUUUCUUAUAAUAUCACUGAAAAGUACAUCACUAGGAUUUAUAAAUUUAAUACUAAUUUAAUCUUAGUUGAUGAUAAUAGUUCCACCAUGUAUGUUUAUAAUGUUAAGCUUAAUUGUAUUAUAAGCUCUACAUCUUUUAAAAGUUUAUCAAAACUCUUCAUAAGGAAACAAAACAUUAUAAUCUUAGGAGACACUUUAAAAAUUUAUAAUCUUGAUUUAAACAAUUUAAUUAUUGAUAAAGAGUAUACUUAUAAUUAUGAUGAUGUUUUAGAUAUUGUAUACUUAGAUUCUAAAGUUAUUUGUUUGACCAAAAAUAAGCUUAUUUUUGAUGAAAAAUCAAUAGAAAUCAGUGAUGGUUUAUGUUUAUUUCCUACAAAUUUAAAUGCCAAUAAAGGAGUUUUUGUAGCAACUAAAACUGGUAAAUUAAUUUUUUAUUCUCUUUGA